AUCGGAAUCCGGAUUGGAUUGGAUUGCAUUCCCCCAUUCGCACCCCUCGCUCGCGAUCGCAAUCGCAAUCGCGAUUCUUCUUGUCUCUAUCCACCCUCCUCCUCCUCCCGUUCUCGUGAGAUUUAUUACGAGUAGGUUUCGGUAAAGAUACAGCGCCGCAAUUGCUGCUACUAGUACUAGUAAAAGAAACCGCGCCGCCCGCCCAGCAAGAUUAAAGAAACCGCGCCGCCGUCCCAAGCAAAUCUCGUCGCCCCUCGUAGUAAUUUCUCGACUUCUCCAUCGAGUUCGAACCGCGAGAUCAAAGAACAGAUGUCCCCAAAGCGAGCUACGACCUCGUAGUAAUCUUGGUUGGAAUCAAUCUUAAAUCAAUAAGUGGACAAGGAUCUUUUUUGACUGAUCGGCCGUCCGGUCGCCGGCCUCGGGCACCGAUGGCGGCGCCGGCGCCGCCGCUGGAUUACUGGCGGGGCUUCUUCAACGGCGCGCGCGCCAGCAUCUUCGACACCAUCGACGCCGCCAUCCGGGUCGCCGCCGCCGACAGCCCCGACGCCCUCCGCGCGCGCCGGGACGCCAUCGCGCAUCGCCUCUUCACCGUCCUCCCGCCGUCCGAGGAGCCUGCGGCCGCGACGGCGGCGGUCGCCGGGCCGCCGCCCACGCUCCCCGAGGGUUCCGGUAGCGUCCCCAGCCUCUGCAGCUCCGAUGGCCCCGCCGUGCCCCAUCGCCGCGACGGCCAAGACCCCGUCGCCGCAGAGGUCUUCCGCGUCAAGGCCGCCCUUUCAAGCGACCAACAAAUGUCGGAGGACGAACUGCUCCAGCUGCUCUUGAAGCUGCAGCAGUUGAAGCUCACGGUGGACACAAUCAAGGUUACUGAGAUUGGCAAGGCCGUGAAACACCUUAGGAAGCACAGCUCAAAGCAGAUUAGGCAACUCGUGCGAUCCCUCAUAGAAGGUUGGCAGACUAUAGUUACUGAGUGGAUGAGCAAUGAAGCUGCCAUUGUAGAUCAUACUCCGCAAUCGAUGGAUUCUUCUUGCCUUGAGCAAGAAGAAGGAGGGCUUCCUUCCCCUCCCAUGGAUGAGGCAGCUCUUUUCGACACACUGUGUGGUUCCAUUGAGCUAUCUGAGUUCUUCGAUGAAAUGGAUGAUGAUGGAAACAUUAAAACUGAUGCCAAGGCGGGCGAACAGCAAUGUCCGGCAAACCAAGAGUCUAUCAAGAAGGAGCUUCCUGUCAGCCAGCAGUAUGAUCCAGUGCAGAACUGGAGGCUUGAUCAGUCUGCGGUGAGGAAUUCACGACUGUGUGGACCUUCCGGUGGGCAAACAGGGCAGCAAUUCGUCACCGAGGCACAAGACAAGCCUUCAAAUGCAGCAUUUGGGCCAGGCAGACCACGUAUGUUGCAUUCUGAGACGAUUGGUUCUGAAAUGAGGCCUAAGCAGCUGCAAGAUAUCUCGGUGGCUCAAACUCGAAGAAGGCCAAAACCAACUACGCCUAAUCAACCGUCGACUCCGCAUGAUCAAAGCUCAUUCCGAGCGAAGCUGGAGCUUGCAAAGAACGCCAAGCUCGAAUCUACAAAGCGAAAGCUUCAAGAGGGUUAUCAAGAUCUCAGUAAUGCAAAGCAGCAACGAACAAUACAAAUGGUGGAUCCACAGGACCUGCCAAAGCAAGGUAACCGAAGCUUACAACCCAAUGGCAAGGCAAGGAACAACGGCACCGGCAACAUCCGGAAUCGGCCUGGAAUUCGUCGCUGAUUCAGUCAAGCUCCACUAAGUGUGGAUGUCCCCAUCUUCAAUUCCAUCAGGCUCCACUUAGUGUGGGUGUUACCUGUCACCUUUAUGUGCUCAGCACCGAACAUGACAACAGUAAUGCUUCUUCCCAAACUUCACAUUACCAGGUAGAGAUGCAUUAUUGUCGCGCCCUGCCUUGGGACAUAAGUGGCUGGGUAAAGUGCUCAAUUAACUUGUAGGGGCAGCACAUGAUGUAGUUCGACAUGCUAAUACCUACCUGAUAUGCUACAAGGUUGCUGCUCUGGAUGCAAAUGCUAUAUCUUUGAUCCGGUUGCA